UCCGGAAGUUGGUUUGAGCCAAACAUCCGGGUUGGUCUUUUUUGCGUUCCGGUUGAUCCCAACUCUUCUCCCUGGACAUCUCCCUUCCUCCGGCCCACGUCUCUCCCACUCCUCCGCGCUCGGGACUAGCGCGGGCUUCAGCGACGGAAGCCCUCGAGAGACAUGGCAGCUACGGCGGCGCCGGCUGGCGGCGCCCGAAAUAUGGCUGGCCCGGAAUGGGGAGGGUUCGAAGAAAACAUCCAGGGUGGGGGCUCAGCUGUGAUUGACAUGGAGAACAUGGAUGAUACGUCAGGCUCCAGCUUUGAGGAUAUGGGCGAGCUGCAUCAGCGCCUUCGCGAGGAAGAAGUAGAUGCUGAUGCAGCUGCUGCUGAAGAAGAGGAUGGCGAGUUCCUGGGCAUGAAGGGCUUUAAGGGACAGCUGAGCCGGCAGGUGGCUGAUCAGAUGUGGCAGGCAGGGAAGAGACAAGCCUCCAGGGCUUUCAGCUUAUACGCCAACAUCGACAUCCUGAGACCCUAUUUUGAUGUGGAGCCUGCCCAGGUGCGAAGCAGGCUCCUGGAGUCCAUGAUCCCUAUCAAGAUGGUCAACUUCCCCCAGAAAAUCGCAGGUGAACUCUACGGACCUCUCAUGCUGGUCUUCACGCUGGUUGCCAUCCUCCUCCAUGGGAUGAAGACAUCUGACACCAUUAUUCGCGAAGGUACCCUGAUGGGCACAGCCAUUGGCACCUGCUUCGGCUACUGGCUGGGCGUUUCAUCCUUUAUUUACUUCCUCGCCUACUUGUGCAAUGCCCAGAUCACCAUGCUGCAGAUGCUGGCACUACUGGGCUAUGGCCUCUUUGGCCACUGCAUUGUCCUGUUCGUCACGUAUAAUAUCCACCUCCAUGCCCUCUUCUACCUCUUCUGGCUGCUGGUGGGUGGGCUGUCCACCCUGCGCAUGGUGGCGGUGUUGGUGUCGCGCACCGUGGGCCCCACCCAGCGGCUGCUCCUCUGUGGAACCCUGGCUGCCUUGCACAUGCUCUUCCUGCUCUAUCUGCAUUUUGCCUACCACAAGGUGGUGGAGGGGAUCCUGGACACGCUGGAGGGCCCCAACAUCCCACCCAUGCAGAGAGUCCCCAGAGACAUCCCCGCUGCGCUCCCUGCUGCUAGGCUUCCUGUCACCAUGCUCAAUGCCACAGCCAAGGCUGUCGCGGUGACCCUGCAGUCACACUGACCCCACCUGAAAUCCUGGGCCGGCCCCUCUCCUCCAGCUGCCUAGCAGAGGAAGAUUAAAGGACAGUACUGAUGACGUGUCUCUUUGGUGGGGUCUGCAGCUGCCACAGAGCUGUAGCUGGUUAAGCACCUCCUUCACGCCUGUUGGGGCUUCUGAAGGCACAAGGCCAUGAACUCCUGGCCAGGACUGCAGGGCUCUGCAGCCAGUGCAGAAAGUGGGUCAACUCCUCUGAGGCCCUCUCCACCCACCCCUUCCUUCCUCUUUCUCCCACAUUGUCUUGCUAAAUAUAGACUUGGUAACUCAGAACACAGAAUUGAGGUACUGGGGAGAAAGAACAUAACUAAAUUUGUGUUUCAGACAGGAAAUUCGGCCUGCUAUCAUCAGGGAGCUUUACUCUACACUGGUGGUCAGAGAUGGAAGCCUUCUGAAUAACUCUCUGGUCCUGUGAUUAAAAGCAAGUAAAAGAAUAAAGUAUUUUCUGAA